AUGGUGGCAGGAGAUCUUCAGAGACUGCCUGAAGGCAGAGGUCGAGUGCGACGGAUUUCCCAAACCCCUCCUGUAGACCACAACCCACCGAGGAAGUCUCACAAGAAGCUCCAAGUUGUCAUCUGUGUUCUGCUCGUGGAGCUGUGUGAAAGGUUCUCUUUCUUCGGGAUUGUGUGUAACAUGAUCAUCUUUUGUACCGUGAAGUUGGGCUAUGACAACUACCUGGCAGCAACAGUCAACCUGUGCUUCAUCGGAGCCAGCACCCUGACCCCUGUUCUGGUUGGGUGGUUCGCAGAAACCUGCUUAGAACGGACUAAGGUGCUUUACCUGUGUGCUCUUCUUCAUUUCUUUGGCACAGCCAUGCUGCCUGUGGUUGCGUUUCCAUUUGAAGAUUUCUACAUCGACACUCAUCACAUGACCCACAAGCUGAAACCUCUGGAGCAGCAGAUCUUGUUCUACGUGGGCCUUUUGGCUGCUGCACUGGGGAUCGGUGGCAUCAGGGCCGUCCUCUGUCCUCUGGGAGCCUACAGCCUGCAGAGCUACAACCAGCACCAGCUCCUGUCCUUCUUCAACUGGUUCUACUGGCUGGUGAAUCUGAAUUCCAUGGUUGUGUUUCUGGGCAUUGCUUACAUCCAGCAGUCUGUCGCCCAAAAUUUGGGCUUCCUUAUCCCCUUCACCUCUGUGCUGUUGGCUCUUAUCGCCAUACACAUGAUGCGCAACAAACUCACCUACAAACCCAAGAAAGGUGGAUCGCUGCUGACCACACUGGGAGUUUUCUUAAACUCUUCCAAAAUGUGCUGCCUCCACUACCGUCACCUGAGUGGAGACGUGGCGUCUUGGCUGGACAGGGCGAAAGAGAACAACGGCGGUCGAUACAGCGAGACGGAUGUGGAGAACGUUAAAGUUCUGAUGAAGCUCUUUCCUCUUUACGGGCUUCAGCUGCUGUACAGAGCCUGCAUGGCACAGAUCCCCUCAGGUUAUUACAUACAGACCAUGAACUCCAACCUUCACCUGAACAACGUCCUGCUGCCCAUCGCUGCCAUGAACGUGGUCAGUAUCCUGCCUCUGCUGCUCUUAGCUCCUCUGAUGGAGUUUGCAGCAACCUGCCUGCUCUCCGUGGCGAAAACCCCUCUGGCGCCUGCAAAAGUCAUAACUCUGGGCCACGCGUGUGCCGCUCUGUCGGUCCUGGUGGCAGGUUUGUUUGAGCUGCACAGGAAGACCUACCCCCAGGUGGAACAGACCCUCUCUGGGAAGGUUCUGCAUGUGUCGUCCAUGCCUUGUUUCCAGCUGGCGCCUCAGUACAUCUUGCUCGGUGUGGCCGAGGCUCUCGUCACCCCAGCAUGUUCCCUCAUAUCCUUCCAGCUGACCCCGAGCCACAUACGAGGAAUCUCUCUGCAUUUUCUCACUCUGUCCUACGGAGGGGGCUGUUUUCUUGGAGCUCUCAUCGUUCAGCUGGGGUACUUCUGCUCUGGAGGAAACUUCUAUCCAAGCACACUGCAUGAUGGGAAUCUGGAGCGUUUCUUCUUCCUCUUGGCCUCGCUGAUGGCCAUAAAUACUCUUGUCUUUUGGAAAGUGUCAUACAGGUACCUGGACCUGAGUGUGCGAGGUAAAGCAGUGACCAGCGGCGCUCUGACCGACAAGCUGUUGCGUUACAAGGCCACUCUGAGCUUCUACGACACCGUCGAACACCUCUCCAUUGACUCAGUUUUAUGACUGUCU